CCUCUGCCUUACAACCACUGCCACUCGCGCUGUUCCUUCCUCUCUCGACGACGGGCCAACAGCACCGGGCCGGCCAUGCGGGCCAUGCAGUGGCCUGCGGGGGGGAUGCUGGGUCGCUGCAGCAGCAGGUGUGUAUCAGUGGUGUGGACGGGGGGGCUCUGUCGCAGCUGCCGCCACCGCCGCCACGCCCCGCCCCCGCCACCGCCGCGCCAAUGAGCGGGCGCCGUACAACUACGCCCUCGCUGGUGACACAGGGCCGGCCAAUGAGCGGCGCUGCGGGGACACAGGCAGCGGGCAGCCGCGGGGACUGUCGCGGCGUAUAAAGCUUGGCGCCCCGGAAGCCGCCGCGACUCGCUACCUGAGCAGCAUGGAGGCCGCGGCGCCGCCACCACCACCACGCCCACUCGGCGCCCUGCACCACCCCCAGCACCCAGGCCACGCCCUGCACCUGUUCCAGGCGCUGCCGCUGCUGCAGCCGGCGGGCGGCGGCGGCAUCAGCGGCGCCAAGCAGCUGCCGCCGCACCUGGGGAUGGACCCCCGAGUGGCGGGGCUGCUGCAGGGGUGCCAGCUGCCGUGGGCGGCGCUGGGCGCGAGCGAGCUGGCCCUCAACCGCCUGCUGCUGACCCCCGGGGGCCGCCUCAGCAGGCCCAAGAAGCGCUACAUCUGCAAGUACUGCCAGCGGGAGUUCACCAAGAGCUACAACCUGCUGAUCCACGAGCGGACGCACACGGACGAGCGGCCCUUCCCCUGCGACAUCUGCGGCAAGGCCUUCAGGAGGCAGGACCACCUCCGCGACCACAAGUACAUCCACAGCAAGGAGAAGCCCUUCAAGUGCGAGGCGUGCGGCAAGGGCUUCUGCCAGGCGCGCACGCUCGCCGUGCACAAGGCGCAGCACGCCCACGACACCCUCCCCGCGGCGGCGCCCGCCCGCACGCCCACCGCGCCGCACACGCCGCCCGCCGCGCCCGCCGAUAGCGAGGAGGUGGUGGACGUGCUGCACUGCGACGACGACGACGACGACGACGACGUGAUGCAGACGGUGACGGAGGAGGACGAGGAGCUGCCCCCCGCGGCGCCGCCCCCCAAGAGGCUCGGCUUCUCCAUCGCCGACAUCAUGAGCAGAUAGAGCCGCGGAGGGAGGAGGGGGGAGGGGAAAAUCUCGCUACUUGUCGCCUGUGACCUGCUGUCUGUUGUACAUAGUGUACAUAACAAUUAUCUACUAAUAUAUUUUGUUAACGUGAAAACAGCCU